AUGAAUAUCAUUGAAGAUUCCACGAGAAAUGAGUUUAUGGAAGAUUUUCAAGAAAACACUUUGAUUCAACUUGGUCUUAACCAGGAAAUGCAACAAGAAUGCAAAACCAUCAAAUCUUCUACUGCACAUUCAAUUAUUGACACUGGUAAUGCAACAACAAAGUUAUAUAGGGAUAUCUGGCCUGUAACUGCUACUGUUACAAAUGCGCCCAUUCCUCCGUUCAUUGAAGCUUUAACGAAAUUUGCAGGUUGGCCGUCAACGUCUGCCGAGCAACCAACUCUCUUACCUGGUGUCGGAUAUACCUUUUUGCGUGUUCCACAGUCAGAUGAGUUCGGAUAUCUCGGUAUGAGAAAAGAAAACAAUAUUGGAUUACAACAGUCAUCACAUAUUGAUCAGAGAUCGUAA